AUGGGUUUCUCAUCGCUUUUGAGUGGUUUCUUCCCAGUUUUCCCCAAUUCUUGCAGUCUAUCUCGAACAAUGGUUAGUGCCGGAGCUGGGACCAGAUCACAGUUGAAUUCCCUUUUCUCGAGUUUCUUCAUCUUCAUUAUCGUGCAGUUCAGUGGUUCAUGGCUUCAGCCGUUACCAAUGUGCGUACUUGCUUCCAUCAUUGUCACGGCAUUGUUGGGAAUGUUCGAGAAAUUUGGGCAACUAGAAAGAUUGUGGCGACUGUCCAAAAUUGACUUUAGCAUUUGGGUGGUCGCGUUCGUCGCCACGCUCUGUAUAGAUGUAGUAGAAGGACUUGGGAUUGCCAUCGUUUUUGCUCUCUUCACAACUGUCAUCAGGGAACAGUGGCCAAGGUGGCACAUUUUGGCUAAUAUCUCGGGCACGUAUGACUUCCGUGAUGUAGAAAGAUAUCGCCAUAUCUAUUUCUUCAAUAGUGUAUGUGUGCUGCGAUUCGAUUCACCCCUUUUGUUCACGAAUGUGGGUCGAUUCCGAAAGAUAGUGGAUAGUGUGGCCACAGACUGGGAAGGAAUCAAGUAUUGCGGGAAACUUGACAAGAAACAUUUAACCCUGGGAGAACCAAACGAGAAGGAUACCGUGAGUGAGUCUUCUGAUAACCAGAAGAAAUACCUCAUAAUAGAUUGUUCUGGAUUUGCCUACGUGGACAUCAUGGGAGUGAAUAUCCUCAAAGAGAUCCACGAAGACUUGCGUAAAAAGAACAUCUGUGUGUCCUUUGCUGCUGCCAAAGGUUGGUAUCGUUUGAUAAAUUCUGAUUUA